UCUUCCCUGAGCCACAUCUUAUCGCAGAUACGAGCUUUGAGGCUUGGGAUAGAGUGAUGAACGUCAAUCUAAGGGGCGUUUUUGCCUGCCUGAAGUAUCAGCUCCGAAGUAUCGUUGAUGGCGGGAGUAUUGUUAACGUGGCCAGCGCCGCCGGUACUUACGGUGGGCCGAUGAUUAGCCCUUACAUCGCUGCAAAGCAUGGGGUUGUUGGACUCUCGAAGGCAGCCGCUUAUGAAUACGCAGAUAGAAGCAUUAGAGUCAACGCCGUUUGCCCAGGUUGGACGGACACAGUCCUCGCUCAGGAGUUCAUCGAGUCGCUCAACGGCCUGAUCACACCUAAUACGGUUCCUCAGCUUUUCAAACAUUUCGCAAAACCUGAAGAUGUUGCCGGUAUCAUAGUCUUUUUACUGAGUGAUGACAGCAAAUUCGCAACCAAGGGCGUCUUCGCAAUCGAUGGUGGAUACGUGGCGUAG